GUUUCUUCUUGGUUUCCCUUCUUUUUCAUGUUGUUUUGAAAGCUCAUGGCAUGCUUAGACAUGUAUAAUUCCGAGCACAAAAGUCAUAAUCACUGCGCUCCAAUGAGUCCAAGAAUCUCUUUCUCAAAUGAUUUUGUUGAGACUCAGCAGAUUAUGAAGCAAGAAAGGAGCUCAAGAGAGGCUCCAGUGUCCUCAGACUUUGAAUUCUCAGUGUCAAACUACUCCAUGAUGAGUGCCGAUGAGCUUUUCUUUAAGGGUAAGCUUUUGCCAUUUAAAGAUAAUUGUAGCAAUCAAAUGCAAAGGACUCUGAGAGAAGAGCUUCUUGUUGAGGAGGAUGAUGAUAAUGUGACACUGAGGCCUCCUAAGGGGGCCACAAGGUGGAAGGGAUUUCUGGGUCUCAAGAGAACCCACAUUGGUUCCAAAAAAGCUGACAAGACUGAAGGGUCUGUUGAGAGAAUGGGUGACAGUAAAAGGUCUGGUUUUGCUCAUGAGGAGACCCAUGUUACCGAGACUUCACAGGAGAUUUUGAGUGAAGGACGGUCAAGUUGCAGGGAUGUGGAGAUUGGAAUAUAGUUAAUUUCUUGGAGGGGAUAACUUGUAGAGAUGUGGAGCAUUUUUUUUUUUUUUUAAAAAGGAAGAUUGGGGUUGGCUUUCUUAUUU